AUGGGAAAUUGUAAUAUUAAUGAGUAAAAGGAAGAUCUUAUGGAAAAUAAUGGUAUUGAGAGUAAUUGAAAUAUUAGUUGUUUCCGUAUAGAAUUUUUAAUUUAUUGAUGCAAUUGGAAGAGGUGGAUUUGGAAAAGUAUGGAAAGUUAGAUAAAAGAAAAAUAAGUAAUUUUAUGCUUUAAAAGUGAUGUCAAAACCAAAGUAAUUAAUAAUAAAAAUAUAGAAUCAUAUAAAAGAAGUCAGUGUAAUCUGUAAUGAAUGAAAAGACAUUAUUGAGUGGAUUGAAGCAUAAGUAUUUAUAAAAAUAGAAAAAAGUUUUCUGAUAAAUAUGUAAUAUUCUUUCCAAGAUCGAGAAUAUUUAUAUUUAGUAAUGGAUUUAUUAUCUGGUGGAGAUUUGAGAUACCAUAUAGGAAGACACAGAAAAUUUAAUGAAGAAUAAACAAGUAUAUAAAUAAAAUGUAAAGGAUAGAGUUUUUUUGUGGAUGUAUGAUAGUAGCAUUAGAUUAUUUACAUUAAUAAGGAAUAUUACAUAGAGAUUUAAAGCCAGAAAAUUUAGUAUUUGAUAGUAAUGGUAUGAUUGUUUAAUUUUUUAAAGAACAGGAUAUCUUAGAUUAACAGAUUUGGGAAUAGCAAGAAUUUGGAAGCCAGAGAAUUCAUAAGAUACAAGUGGAACUCCUGGAUAUAUGGCUCCAGAAGUUAUGUGUAGUAAUUUAAUAUUGUUAAUAAAAAGGACAUAAUCAUGGUGUAGCAGUUGAUUAUUUUGCAUUAGGAGUUAUAGUAUAUGAAUGCAUGUUAGGUAGAAGACCUUAUUUAGGAAGAAGUAGAUAAGAAAUUAGAGAAUAAAUGCUUGCUAAAUAAGCUGUUAUUAAAAGAUAAGAAAUUCCUCCAGGAUGGACUUUAGAAGCUGCUGAUUUUACUAAUAAAGUAUUUAUGUUUUUAUUCAUAUUUUUAUUAGCUAUUAUAAAGAAAACCAUAAAAUCGAUUAGGAAACAAUGGUCCAGAUGAAGUGAAGGAACAUCCUUGGUUUAGAGAUUUUAGUUGGGAAAAAUUAAUAACUAAAUAGAUUAUUGCUCCAUUUAUACCUAAUGUUCUAUAUUUUAAUAUAAUAAUAUUAGGGUAAUGAAGAUAAUUACCUUCCUUCUGAUAGCAGACGAGAUUCUGAUGAUUCUAUUAAUGAAGAAUAAUAAAUUAUGCUCAGAAGAAAUUCUGUUUAAAGUAUAAAUUAUUUUAUUUAUUAGAUCUCUUUAAUGGAUAUGAUUUCGAUAAUAAUACUGUUAGUGUUCCAAGCAGUUAAAUUAUUGUAUCGAGUACUUCUUCAUCUCGAAUCACCAAAUAACCAACAACUACUAACACACCAAAAUCAUCUAAGUUAGUAUAAAAAUUGAAAAAUUGAUUCACAUUUUUUUUGCCUUUUAUAUAUUAAUAGGCCC